GGCUGCAGCAAGGGGACCAGCAGCAAUAACCGGGCUGGCUGCCGUUCAAGUCACCCAAGAAAUUUCUUUUUCAAACAAAUGGCUUGAGAAUCCUGCUGUAUCGCUGCUCUCCGAGCCUGGUGGCCUAAUCCUCAGUGGUAUGGAAACGAGCUCAGGCUUUCUGAGGAAACGACUGUGGGGUUAAUGCUCACUGCCCCCACCGCCCCUUCCCUGCGGUUCGCAGCCGCUCAGCUGUGCCGGCAGGGCCCGGGAGGCGCAGCGGGAGCGAGCCCGUGUCGUGCCUCAGCCGGGAGCUGAGGUCACUGGGACCAUCCCAGCGCCACCGCGCCCGCGCCGCGGGAGCCCUCAGGCAGAGGCGCCGCGUCCCGGCCGCGGAAGGAACGAGGCCGCUCCCUGGGCAUCCAUCCUCGCAGCAUCAUGACUCUCCAGGCUGACUUUGAUGGUGCUGCAGAAGAUGUAAAAAAAUUAAAAACAAGACCAACUGAUGAAGAACUGAAGGAACUAUAUGGAUUCUACAAACAGGCUACCGUUGGAGAUAUUAAUAUUGAAUGUCCAGGAAUGCUAGAUUUGAAAGGCAAAGCCAAAUGGGAGGCAUGGAACCUGAAAAAAGGUUUAUCAAAGGAGGAUGCCAUGAAUGCCUAUAUCUCUAAAGCAAAAGCAAUGGUAGAAAAAUACGGGAUCUAGAGUAUUCAAAGUAAUUCCCACUAAUAAUUAACUCUUUAGUAGCUAGUGAACUAACUCUGUUGAGAACACUGCAAUACUAACUCCUUGUGUAGUCUGACUAAUAUCUUUUAAGCAUAAGCUGACUGUAAAGGGUAUUUAUAUACAUACUCUAUUUUUAGAUUGUAUCUUAUUCUAAAUAAAUUUGAACCUAAUAAAUUAA